UUCCGAUCCAGCUGUGAGUUCUGAGACUGAACAAAUUUUACAGAAAUUGCUUGCAGGUCACCCUCCAGGCAGCAGAGGGCGCUGACUUAUUGACAACAAACCGUGAAGAUACGGAACCUUUCUUGACCGGAACCUAGUAGGAUUGGUAAAUAUGUGCGCGGACCUGAGCCGAACAGCCCGGACUCUACUGGUAUGUGAGCGGUCCAGUUUCCUGGAUGAAAAGAACCGCAUUAGUUCUCAGGUGGAGCAGCUGCGUUUCAACUACAAGGUAUCUGUGUUGCUGCCUGCGUGUUCUUCCAGCUCCUCCCCACUGGAUUCCAUAUUGAACCGUUUCAGCAGUUUCUACUUAAUCAAGAAGUUGCCCAUAUAUGAUCUACUGGACAAGGACUUCCUGCAUAACGCCGUGUAUCAAGGCAGUGUUUAUGGUCUGUCCUUCAGGACUCGGAUUGAUGAGGAUAAUUGUGUCGCUUUGAUGCCAAAUGGACGCCUGGUUCUCUCUCUGGACAAAGACACCUUUGAGAUGUUGGGCUUUGAAGGGAGACCAUCCAGAUUCAACAAUAAAACCUGCAGCAGAUUUGUGGUACCAGUGGACCUGACAGACAGCAGCAUGGCUCCUGGUGGGCGGGGCUACCUUAGGCUCCUUAAAGUCCUAAGGUCCCAUCUUAACCUGCAGAUGGACUUCCUGAUCUCACAUCAUCCAGGGGGCAGAGCCACCCUGCAGCCCCUCUUGUCCCGUUAUGUUUGGUCCGAGCACAGACCUGAGGUCAGCCACCGCAGUCUGAGUAACCUGGUCUGCCCCGACCUGCAGUCUUGUGACCCUCUCAGCCUCCUGGAGUGGCUUGGAGCCGUCGACGCAGAUGUCAGCUGUGAAAACCUAUCCAGUAGCUUCCUCUCUACACUCACCUGUCCAGAACCAAAGACGACCCUCAGUCAGGCUCUAAGCGUGUCCAUCUGUGGCCUGCUGCUACCGCAGGAUGUGCAGCAGCUUGUGGAGCAGCUCAGGUGUUACCUGCAGCAGACUCAGAAAGAGUCCUGGGCUUCUGUGACUGUUCACGGUUUCACUGACAGUCCGGUAUCCUGGGGGGACCAUGAGCAUGGUGUCCUGACCAGAGGAGAGAAUUUCUACAACUUGCUGAUGUUCCAAGACCACACCUACCGCCUCCACCUGGCCACGGGGGCACAUGACGCCUGUCCGCUGUGAGGGGAUGUCCUUGAAGAGCAUGUGUCUUCUCUAAGGGACCUGUUUCCUGAGGGAGAUGGAUGUCCUGUGAAAGGGUCUUGUCUGCGAGGGCUUGUCCCUCAUGUCCCCGAUUCUGAUGUGAGGAUCAGUUAUGAUAUGAACUUAGAGCUGGUACCGACUGAUCCAGGUUCACCUGAUGUUACCAUGACAAACUGAUUUGAGUUUACUUAUAAUUUACUCUGAGUAAGAGAGCUCCCCAGCUUCACACUGAGAACAUCAGUGCUUGUGUCACCCGCAGAUGUUUGAAUAAAGUUUUUGAGUUCUGUUUCUUGUUCCAUGGAGCUAAAGGUUCCAGUGAUUUUUCGACUUAUUGGAUCAUCUUGGAAAUAAAAUCAACAGUUUUGUCUU